GCCGAAGGCCCAACAACCUGGCGAUGAAGUUUCAGAAGUAUCUGCGCGGCGUGCAGCAAAGUUCCGCGGCGCUGAGGCACAUCGACUACAAGUCUUUCAAGGUGGAGAUCAAGAGCCUCUGCGAGCGCGUGGCGGCGGGCCAGCUGACGCGGCAGGCCGCGUCGGACGGCUUCUCCCGGAGGCUGGAGGCGGAGCUGACCGAGGUCGCCUGCGCGUGGGAGGCCUGUCUCUGGGAGCUCAGGGAGCGCGUGGAGGAGCUCUUCGCGAGCGCGGACAUGUUCCUCAGCGGCGACGCCGCCCACGGCGCGCUGUGCGAGCCCCUGGGCCCCAUGAGGCUCCUGGAGCCCAUGAGGGCGUGGCUGCUGCUCUCGGCCCUCGCGGACGCGCUGCGCAGGCACCGGCUGCUGCAG